CUCGGGAGGGGCGACCUUCGUCUUGCUACCCGGGCCAGCGCCUUCAAUUUCUGUUGUCAUUGUGGAUCUCUUCUCGCUGUUUCUCCCAGGCCUUCACCCCCUCCUCUGAGUUCCUGAGAUGAGGGCCAAGCGGUCGGGGUGGGGAGACUUGGGUUUCAUUCCAGCCUACGCCAUUGAUUGGCUCUCUGACCUUGGGCAGGAUACGUCCUUUCAUGGGCUUCAGGCUCCUUAUUUAGAAGCUGGAGGUUUUAGUCACAGCGAUUGUGAGCUCCUUAAGAGCAGGAACUGACUUUCAUUAGUGUUAGACACUAUUCCCUGUCCCAGAUACAGAACGAGGACCACUUAGGUACUCGGUGUCUUCUUAAGCUGUUUUAGGUCUGUUGAGAGCUGUUGGUCCCCACUUCCCAACUCUUAACUCCACCCACUUCAUGCUCAGACACAGGAAAUUGGGCUUACUCUUUUGAUGCCCACCCAUAGAUCACAGAGCCUGGCCCACAGUAGAUGUUCAGUUAAUCAUUUUUAAAUGCACGAAUCACUGUACCAUUCACAGGAGGAAGAUAGAAAUCCUGUUAGCAAUUUUUAAUCAUGGGUCUGGCAUAGUCUCACUUAAGACUCCCAACAACUCUAGAAGAGAGGUGGUAUUUCCCAUUUUGCAGAUGAGGAAAUUGAUGCAUAGGAGAAUAGACUUGUUUUAGAUCAUUCAACCUAUGAAUGAAGAGGACAAGAAUUCAAACCCAUGUCUGAAAUUCCAAGGCCCCGUGUUCUUAACUGCUACCUGAAAAAUGACUAGAUGCAGAAAUAUAUCUGUGGUCUAGUAGCCUUCGUUCUUGGAUUGUCAGCUGUUGUAGUUAUGAAAUGACUAUUACCCAUAUCAGUGAUCCCAAACCAAAUAUCGCAUGCUUGUCUGUCUCCUUUUCUUCCAUAGUAUUUACAUUGCUUGUUUAAUAAUAUAUUUUCUAUCCUGCACUCUGUGCCCAUGUCGUUAAAUCCUUUUAUCGUUGGUGAAUACUGACUGAGGGACUAUAUUAAGGAUCCUGGAAGCACUGCCAACAUGUCUGAUGUUCAAGAAGCCACUAACCGACUUCUGGAUAUGAAUCUUCAUGAGAACCAGAGGUCUAUACAAGUGGUGGAAAGUGGCCCUGAAAGUGAGUCUGAGCAUCUCCAAGUCACUAUUGGAGCCACGGUACCUACUGGUUUUGAGCAAACAGCUGCAGAUGAAGUAAGAGAGAAACUGAGGUCAUCAUGCAAAAUCAGCAAAGACCGCGGCAAGAUAUAUUUUGACAUUUCAGUGGAAAGUCUGGCUCAGGUUCAUUGUCUGAGAUCAGUUGAUAAUUUAUUUGUGGUUGUUCAGGAGCUUAAAGAUUACCAGUUCAAAGAAACAAAGGAAGAAGUUCUAAAGGAUUUUGAAGAAUUGGCUGGGAAGCUUCCAUGGUCAGAUCCUUUAAAAGUAUGGAAAAUUAACUCCAGUUUCAAGAAAAAAAAAACAAAGCGCAGAAAGAUAAAUGAGAAUUCAAGUAAAGAGAAGAUUGAUAAUGGACGAGGAGACAAAAGAAAUGAUAGAGAUGUUAAAAAAGAGUUGACUAACAAUGCCUUAGAUUCACAUAUCUUAGACUAUUAUGAAAAUCCAGCCAUCAGAGAAGAUAUAUCAACAUUAGUAGGUGAUGAUUUAGCAUCUUGCAAAGAUGAGACUGAUGAAAGCUCCAGAGAAGAAACCGAUACCGAAGUGCUAAAAUUUAGAGUCACAUGUAACAGGGCAGGAGAGAAACACUGCUUUUCUUCAACUGAGGCUGCAAGAGAUUUUGGGGGAGCUGUUCAAGAUUACUUUAAGUGGAAGGCUGACAUGACCAACUUUGAUGUGGAGGUGCUUUUGAACAUCCAUGAUAAUGAAAUCAUUGUGGGCAUUGCACUGACAGAAGAGAGUCUCCAUCGAAGAAAUAUCACACAUUUUGGACCUACAACUCUUAGAUCUACUCUUGCCUAUGGGAUGCUCAGGCUCUGUGCUCCUGAGCCUACUGAUAUAAUAGUUGAUCCAAUGUGUGGAACAGGGGCAAUACCAAUAGAGGGGGCUACUGAAUGGUCUAACUGUUAUCAUAUUGCUGGUGACAACAAUCCAUUGGCUGUGAAUAGAGCAGCAAAUAACAUCUCAUCUUUAUUGACCAAAAAUCAAAUUAAAGAAGGCAAACUGUCUUGGGGCUUGCCAAUAGAUGCUAUUCAAUGGGAUAUCUGCAAUCUGCCAUUGAGAACUGGCUCUGUGGACAUUAUUGUAACAGACAUGCCAUUUGGAAAAAGGAUGGGCUCCAAGAAGAGAAACUGGAACCUUUAUCCAGCUUGCCUACGGGAGAUGAGCCGUGUCUGUAGACCUGGGACAGGCCGAGCUGUACUACUUACUCAGGACAAGAAAUGCUUUACCAAGGCAUUAUCUGGAAUGGGACAUGUAUGGCGGAAGGUGCAUACUGUCUGGGUGAACAUCGGUGGUCUUCAUGCUGCAGUUUAUCUUCUGAAACGUACUUCUCAAGCUUUUGUUCAUCCUUCAGAACAAGAUAAAGAACUCCUUGGUAAUGAAUACAAAGAAUGAUAAAUAGUAUUUGUGCUUCCUGAUACUAGAAAUGUUAACUUGCUUUGGGAGAAAAUAGUAUUAACAAAAGUACGAGUUUCUGCAGUUUAAACUGGUCUAAAGCUCUUCACCCUAGUUAGCAAAAGGUAUGAAUGUCAUGAAAUUGAAAAAGUUGUAAGAAUUGUUCUUUGGAGCUGCUUUAAAGGGGUGGUUGGGCAUUUAGUACUUUUCUUAAAAUGCUUUGAAGAUGCUAAGCCUACUAAAAUGCUUUGGGAUUUGGGUUCAGUACAUUUUCAGGCUUUAUAAUAGUUCCUGUUUUCCACUGUAGCUAUCCUGGCCUAAUGGAAAGGCAGAGAACAUGAUCAAAGAAUCUUAGGCAACAUCUCAUUGCCUGUGCAGCUUCACUAUUUAGUUGCUCAAGUUCUCUUUACCUCAACUUAAAAGACGAAGCAUUAUUAUGUUUUGUGAAACAGGUUUGCCCCAUGAGAUGAAGUCUCACAAGACCUACUAGGAAGUUUACCAUUGCCUUAAAAACUAAAAUAGUCAUGUUAUUCAGAUUAAUACUUUAGGAUUUAUCAAAGGAAUUAUAAAGAUGCUUUACUGUUAGCAAUAUAGGACAUUUCUAUUUGUAAAUAGCAGCAAAUACAUUGUUAAAGUAUGAGACCAAAAAGUCAAAUUUAAAAAAAUUUUCCUUUCAGCGCACAUUAGUGGUGUGGCUUUUCAAAGUCAAACAUAAACCUUUCAAAGUACCCAGUUUCUUUAAAGGACCAGGGAACUGAUGUUAUCUUUCAAUUAAAAAUUUCACUUAAGUUAUUUGUUUUCUCUUGGGUCACUAUUCCUAUUUAGUUGCUUUUCCAGUUGUAGAAAGUCCUUCCUGAGACAUUGGAAAAUGAUAUGACUUCAAUAUUAAGUCCUUGUGAAAACAGUGCUUCCCCCCUAGGUCAAAUAGUACGUGGGGUUUUAUGUGGAAUUCUUUAUAGUCUUCACUUGAUUUUGGAGUUUCUGGCGGUACUCAGCUUAGAUUUUCAGUGUCCUAUUAGUAAUAUGAGUACUACUCAUUACCUUUGAUGUCUCUCACAUUUAGUAUAAAAGGACAUAGUACUUAUUUUCUUUGAAAAAAAAAUAGGUCACAUUAGCAGUAUAGCCAACAUUCCUAGUCUGGUUUCUCUGAUAUACUACCUCACACUUGAGAAUGAGUGUUUUAUAUCCUAACCUGGAAUUUUUACCAUCAUAAUGCAGUUGCAUUAUAGUGGGUUCAACGUAAAUUUUCAUGUCUGACAAAAGAAACCUUUUCAACCUCUAGUGUCAGUCAGCAGUCCACAGAACUGGCAAAUACCCAGUUCAAGGAACCAUGUCUGUUCUCACCAGUUUACCAAGUGCUUGGCACAGUGCUUGCCAGAAUAGACAUUUAAUAUUUGUUGAACAAAUGAAUUAGUAUUUUUGCAUGUUGGCAUCGUCUUUUAAGUGUAUCAAAUCUGUGCCUCGUCUUAUACCACUGUAAAAACAUGACCAGAUUUAAGAUGCUGGAAAUAUGUAGAGAGCCUAUGGCCUCCUACACCAUUGGAAUGUAAAAAGAUGGGGACGUGAACUUAAUCUGAACACAAAAUAAGUGAAUUAUAAUCUAGACAUUCUUUAACUGAGAGAGUCAAUAUAAAGGGAAAAAAACAAACAUUGAGACAGAUUUUAUAAAUUUAAUGAAAGAGUUACCUCCCAGAGAUUGACAAUGUACCUAGUGGCAAGAAAAGGAAACAUUUGUUAAAUCUUUUAAAAUGGUUAAGACUUUCUGGAAACAGCCAAAACUUUAGAUUCUUACUUAUCAGUGUCACAUCCGACUCAAGUCUCCACUGUAAAGACCAAAAGGUAAGUUGAAGACUGAACAAAAGGAAGUAUUUCAAAAGGCUGUAAAUUACCUAAAGUAUGAUAAAACCUACCAGUGGUUAAGAUUAAUUAGUGAGAUAGGCAUAGAAAAAGUAAAACAUCCUUAUUCUCAGCACAGCCUUUUCCAAAAAUUUCAGGUGGUGGUAUGUGGGAAUAUCAGUGGAGAUAGAUAUAGUGUAAAUUUAAAAAUUCUAUAAGAAAGAAAAAAAUCAAAUUAUUGUACCUUAGUAUAUUAAAUUUUAAAAAGUCCAGGAGAAACAUCAUGUCUCCUAUACCAAAAAUUUUUAAUGUGCACAAUGUAGAAAAAUGUAUUAUUGUUUAAACAUGCCUAUUGUCACCCUUAUACUUUUGCCCAAAGGCUACCAAGUUUGCAAAUCAGUUGUGAAGUUGUAGAUAAUUCAGUGAUAUAGUUCAAUAAUAUAGUCUAUGAUAAAGGAAUUUUCAUUGAAAAGGA